UUUUUGGGUGAACUUUGAAGAAAAGCUUGAACAAUGGGGGUUAGAUCAAGAAAGAAGAACCGUUCCAAGUUUCGGUAUCGAGCAAAUUCGAACAGAAAGCAAAUGAAAAUGAAAAAAAAGAUCAACCCAUGCAUUGACUGUUUGCCAGUUAAGAAAGCGUGGGAUGCAUCUAAACCAGCACCUACAAACAUAACCAACAUGGGACUUGUCUAUCACCUGGACAGAGCUCUGCCAAUAACCAGUCAGAGACAAGGAAGAAAGAAUGGUGUAGUGCAAGUGAAGAAAAAGGAGAAACCAACAGAAGUGGUACGGCAGCUGGAGGAGACAGUUAAUCAAGAUAACCAGAAAGAACGUUUUAGUGUACGUCUGACAAAUGCUCAGGUGAAAUAUGCUACUGCUAUGCUGGACAAGUAUGGGGAUGAUUACAAGGCCAUGGCCAGAGAUCGCAAGAACUACUUCCAGGACACAUGGAAGCAAAUCAGAACAAAGAUAAAGCUGUUUACCAACAAUCCAAAUUACUUUGCUCCAUACCUGAAGGAAAGAGAACUUCUCAAACACAGCUGAAAUACCAGAAGUAGAAAUUAAGAAUAUAAUUACAUGUUUGUGUUGUUUGUAUUGAUGUUCAGAACGAUAAAAUAAAGAAAUACACACAA